AUGACUACAAAAAACACUAAGUUUGUGGAUACUGUUUCUUUUGAAAGGCUCCAACAAGCUAUCAAGGAUGUGAAACAAAAAGAAACAAACCUCCAGACAUUGAAAGAGUCAAUUGAUGAUGAAGACGGGUUGAUUGUUCAGUAUCAGAGGUCGCAAGAUUUGGAGGCAAAAAUCGAAGAAAAGGAAGUUGCAUGUAGGAAGUACAAGGUACAAAUCGAAAGAGUUCAAAAAUUGAUACUAGCAAAACGACGGAUAAUGUACGAAGUGAAAGAUAAGAUAGACAAAAAGAAUCAAGACAAACAGAAACUAAUAGACAAAACCGAAGCAUUGGUUGCCCAGGUCGAAACAAAUAAGGACUUGAAAGAGAAGAAAAAGCGAAUCACACACGUUUUGACCUGUCUAGUCUCCUAUAGAAAGACAUUUAUGAUUCAAGAAGUCAUGGAAAUUUUCAAAAUAGAUAUCGAUGGCGGUCCGGCAUCACUGCAACCAAACCGAAAAACCAGUGAUUGUCGUUGCGUGCUUGUGGACACUAUCCGAGGAUUACAUCUACCUCACGUGGCUUCUGUUCAACUAUCCCCACACAACGAACGAGAAACUACCGCAGCUAUCGGACUUUUGGUUCACUUUGUCAAUCUCAUCAGUAGAAUUCUUGGAUACUCACUUCGAUAUCCAGUCUUGCCAUAUGCGUCGUUCUCAAGAGUGUACAAUCCAGUGGAGAAUAAAUUGGCAAUUCUGUCAGGAUCGAGAAAGCGGUCGGAACGAGAGAAAUUCUUCGAAGGACUCGGAUGGAUUGGGAAAAAUAUUGCUCAGCUGAGAGCGGAUUGUGGGAUUCCGACUCCGGUGGCAGAUAAGACGCUUUCGGUGCUAGCAGAUUGGAUUCGAGCAGUGACAGAGGGGUAG